AUAUGGGUAUAUUUUUGUCUGCCAGCUACCCGAUUCUCCAAGCGAGAUCACCGGUUCUAAACACUUUUAAAAUGGAUCCUAUGAGAUUAUUUUCAAUCGGUUGCAGUUAAACGUUAGUGAUGACACAUCAUAUUGCAAACUUUAGGUUUAGAAAAAGGCAGUUAUAGCCCAUUCUUUGGAGGUAAGAAAGACUCUCCUCAAAGUUUUUCAAGGAAUCAGAUUUCAUGCACAAUCCUCUUGGAAAAAAAAUCCAAAAUGAGAAACAGACUUGGGUAGAAAGAGAUGGCGGAGGAGGGGGUGGAAGCUUGGUGUCGGAUGUCGACGGACUAACGCAAACAGGAGCAGGGAAAAGAGCUGAGGGGAGGGGGGAAGUUAAGUUUAACAUACUCAGGACUGCAGUUUGACUGUAUCGUUAAAAGUUUCACACAAAGAAUGGAUACGGACUAUGUCAUGAAAGUCGGCGACUGCGAUGGAAAAAAACUCAGAAACAAAACUACUCUGAAUCAAGAGGAAUAACGACUGAACUGUGUUUAAAACGGAACGCAAAGAUUUAUACUGUGAAGACUUUAUGUCUGAUUUGAAUUUGGGUAGAAGAAGCUGACUUUGCAUAUUUCUGGGAUAACAUUUUGGAAAGGAAAUCGGGGGAAAACCAAAGCCAGGGCAACAUCCGAAAACUAAAUGCAAUUGUGGCAUAAAAGAACACAUUGGCUCUGUUGUUAAAACGUGGAAUUUGCAUUUUGUCCUCAGAGGUUAAAAUGCAGCUCUUAAAAUUUAAGCUUGUUGACAAAUUCGUUAUUGCAGAACUUAAAUCAGGUUAACUGCAGUCUAUUUUAAGUCAGAUUUUUCUGAAAGAAAUUAGGGUCGGAACCGGGAUAAGAGAACUAAACCUCAGUAUUGGAGGACUGAAACUCGACUGGGGUUUUGCCAUUUUAUGCCGCUUUUUAUAUCCAGGAGAAGUUUGAAAUUCAACCCCCUCCCGUAUACGUUUGGAAUCUGAAGAACAAUACAAAGACCGUUUCUGUCAGGAAUAGUCUCCUGUUUACUUGUGUGGUGUCCUCUUUUCGGAUUCAGACAAAAUCAAGAUAAUACCUUUAAGUCAACGCACUGUGAAAUAUAGUGAUUUUUUUUACAGUUUUAACGGCCAGGGAUGUAAAGGAAUGUUGCGUACAGUCGCCUACCUCGGCGCUGUUGAGUGUAACAGUUAUCCCUAUUUGUCGUCAGAUAUACCGAGGGCAAAUGAUUGUCCGCAAUUUUCCUUCUAAAACGAAUGGCACAAACUGGUUUACAGUAAUAAUUAUUAGCAUACGUUGGAUAAUAGCUUGAUUUAAUAGUUAUUUGAUGGCGUUUUACAUGUAUUUAGUGGCUUUUGAUGGCAAUUGUAGUCGCCGAGGACAGCUAGAGUGUAUUCCGGCUGGGCACUGCAAUUUGAUUAGGGGGUUCUUCGCAAGUUGCAAUCCAGACUGGGACAACAGCGCUUAUUUGGUGACUGCUACUGGGACAGGCAGGUCGGACGAGUACCUGGUGGCGGAGCACGCCGAAGACCUGAUUCCGAGGGGAUUUAUGACUGGACCGGGAAUCUGAUCACUUUUUUAACGCAAGGAAAUCUGAAAAUACUUCAUAUACCUGUGUACAGGUAUGCAGUUUAACCGACCAAAGAGCGCGUUCAUCAGCUUCACACCGCCGUUGUUACCAUCAGACACGAAUUCCUUCUCCAGCCAGUUUAAGACAAUGCGGUUCUCCUACCACAUCAGCAGCGGCAUGCCGAGUCCUCAGCCACCACUGCGCAGGAUAGGCUCUUCCUCCUCCAGUCCGAGGCUCUUGACGAAGAGCCUCUCCCUGGAGCCAGGUCCCUGUGUUGGGAGCGAGGAGGCCCCUCAGCGCCUCUGCUCGGACCCUGGACCACUGGGACCCCGCCAUUGCAAUGGCACCGAUGAGAAGACCCCCGCGGAACCCGCAGCAGCUACUCCCAAAACACGCCCCCCCCUGCCUGGCCCCAAACCCCAAGUGCCCCCGAAGCCUCCUCAUUUACAAAGUGCUCGUCGACCAAGGGCUCCAGAUAAGCCCCUCCCACCGCCUCCCUCUCGCCCUUUACCUGCGGACCCCCGCUCUCCACGCUGCACCCUGGCCCGUGGCGAGGGCACCCUGUCCCCCUCCUGUGUGCUCUCGCUCAUUGAGAAAUUUGAAAGAGAGCAGAUCAUCGUGGUGCCAGACAUCACUGGGGGCGCCGUCUGCACGCCCAAACUGCCGGAGCCGCUGUCUGGAGCAGGAGAGGCCAACCCCCUGCAGCAGGAACCCCCCGCAUGCGGCCCGGAACCUCAGGAGAUACCGGGCAAGGUGUUGGAGGUGGCAGAAAGGAUGGAGGAGGAGGACAAUAAUGAACAGAAAGAGGGAGAAGAUCGGCAGGAAGAGGAGGACCUGGGUGCGUCUUGUUUGGAGCGACGGCUCUCUCUGGAGUCCGGCUGCAGCGUCUCCGACAAGCUGAUGGACGCGCUGGAGAUGCGGGAGUUGCUGGCCGGCCAGGCGGACGUGCCCCCAGAGCCGCGGCUCUCCCUGCCCCCCUCACAGGCGGACGGCAAACUGGCCAACCGGGACAGCGGCAUCGACAGCAUCAGCUCGCCAUCUCACAGCGAGGAGCUCUGCUUCGCCGCCGAUGAGGAGCGGGCCCUCCAUGGCAGGGAGGCGUGUCCCUGCAGCCCCGCCCAGCCCCUGCUCCGCCUCUCCUCUGCCCACUUCUGUGGCUGCGUGGAGGCAGCGGAGAGUGCGGGUUCCGCCUCCGCUGAGGGGGCCAGGGACUCCGAGGGGGACAGUGACAUGGAGGAGGUCAGCGGCGAUGAGAGCGAGUUGACCCCCACCGCGUUGCAGCCUUUGGUCCUGCCCAAGACUGAAAGACAGGACUCCUCAGAGCUAUCCGUCCAGCAGAGGGUCUUCAACAUUGCCAACGAGCUGCUACUGACGGAGAAGGCCUACGUGUCCAGGCUGCACCUCCUCGAUCAGGUGUUCUGCUCCCAGCUGAUGGAGGAGGCACGCCUGCGCAGCUCAUUCCCCUGCGAGGUGGUAAUGGGCAUCUUCUCCAAUAUCUGCUCCAUCUACUGUUUCCACCAGCAGUUCCUGCUCCCCGCACUAGAAAAGCGAAUGGAAGAAUGGGAGCUGAAUCCUCGAAUUGGGGACAUCUUGCAGAAAUUGGCUCCCUUCUUGAAAAUGUAUGGGGAAUAUGUGAAGAACUUUGACCGAGCCAUGGAGCUGGUCAACACCUGGAUGGAGCGGUCUUCCCAGUUCAAAGCCAUCAUCCAUGAUAUUCAGAAAGAGGCGGUGUGCAGGAACCUGACCCUGCAGCACCACAUGCUGGAGCCGGUGCAGCGCAUCCCGCGCUACGAGCUGCUGCUCAAGGACUACCUGCACCGGCUGCCGCAGGACUCCGACGACUUCAAGGACGCGCAGAAGUCUCUGGAGCUGAUAGCGACCGCCGCCGAACACUCCAACGCGGCAAUCAGGAAGAUGGAGAGAAUGCACAAGCUGUUGAAGGUCUAUGAGUUGCUGGGCGGAGAGGAGGACAUUGUUAACCCUACCAAUGAGCUGAUUAAAGAGGGCCACAUCCUCAAAUUGUCAGCCAAGAAUGGGACAUCGCAAGAUAGAUACCUCAUACUAUUCAAUGACAGGUUACUGUACUGCGUCCCUAAACUGCGGCUGAUUGGACAGAAAUACGGGGUGAGAGCCAGGAUCGACGUAGAUGGCAUGGAGCUGAAGGAAACUGGUGGGGUAAACAUGCCCCGGACGUUCCUGGUGUCGGGAAAGCAGCGCUCCCUGGAGCUACAGGCCAGGACGGAAGAGGAGAAGAAAGAUUGGAUCCAGGCUAUCCAGGCCAUCAUCCAGAGACACGAACAGACGCUGGAAACCUUCCGGGUUCUCAACUGCUCCUUCCGGGAUGAGGACUACACCCCCCCCAACUCACCAAACAGCACAGAGCUGGGGAAGCGAGCACCCACACCCAUCCGGGAGAAGGAGGUCACGCUGUGCAUGAAGUGCCAGGAGCCCUUCAACUCCAUAACCAAGAGGCGUCACCACUGCAAGGCCUGCGGUCAUGUGGUCUGUGGGAAGUGCUCUGAGUUCCGGGCCCGGCUGCUGUAUGACAACAACCGGGCCAACCGCGUGUGCGUGGACUGCUACACCGCCCUGCAUGGAGUCCCUCCCUCACCUGCUGGCAUGACACAGUCAACAUACAGACGCAGGUCCAUCCUGGAGAAACAGGCCUCUGUCGUUGCUGAGAACAGUGUACUGUGCAGCUUCCUGCAUCACAUGGAGAAGGGAAGCGGUCGCGGCUGGCAGAAAGCUUGGUUUGUCGUCCCGGACAACGAGCCCCUGGUUCUGUACGUUUAUGGUGCCCCACAGGAUGUCAAGGCUCAGCGCAGUAUACCCCUCAUUGGCUUUGAGGUGUCUCUUCCAGAGUCAUGUGACCGACUUGAGCGACGCCAUGCUUUCAAAAUUAGCCAGAGUCACCUCACCGUGUACUUCAGUGCUGAGGGGGAGGAGCUACAACGACGCUGGAUGGAGGUGCUAUCAAGGGCUGGGCGCGGAGAGGAGCUGCAGGCUCACGCCCCCAUCUCAGAGGCUGUAGAAGAGGAAGGGGAGGACCUCGUGUCUGCAGGGGAAAACACGUGAUUGUGACACCACUGUGAUUAGUGACAUCCAUCUUGUACACACACUUUGCACACCUGUACACUAACUCUCCCAUAUAUACACUCUUAAUGUCAAUGGUCAGUUGCAUGUAACGCCUGCAGAUUCACUUUCUCCUUGUAUCUCUCAUCUUGUUGGUUGGAUGUUUCCACCAAAAUCAUGCUUAGCCUAAAGGUAAUCUAUGAGAAUAUAUAGAAAUAUUUAAUAUGAAACAGUGCAAAUACAAACAUUCUUCACCAUAACCCAUCAGCCCAGCUUUUGCCAAGCAUAUUUGUGGUUUGCAAAGAAAUCAUGGCUGUGAGAACAGGUAGACUUGGUAGAGAGGCUCCUGUGUUUUCCACCUUGCUGUAGAGUGGCCAUUUGGGGCUGUUCACUACAGCCCCAAAAAUCACCAUUUUGGCAGAGAGGCUCCUGUGUUUUCCACCUUGCUGUAGACUGGCCAUUUGGGGCUGUUCACUACAGCCCUGCGGUGACGUGAAAGGAAGCUCUUAUGAAGAUGUGAAAGGUGCAUUGGGUGGACUGGCAUGGCUCCCUGCUCGCAAAUGCCGACAGAGCUGCAGGCCUGAAGAGUUUCCCAGGACCAGCUUGUGGUAGACCGACGGCUGCUCCGUUUGCUGAACGAGGGCGUGUUUCUGAACAUUAACUCGGCUCUGGUGGACAGCUGAAUGAGAUGGUGGAAGACAAGCAAGGGCGUAGAUUUGGGUAUGGACUGUAGGGACACGUCCUUACCAAUAUUGUGGGAGUACCUUGUGUGUCUGGGGGUGGGGGGUUGUGGGGUUGAUUUGGUCCCUACCAACGUUGAAACCAAACCUAUGCCCUUGGAGACAAGCUUUCCUCAUCAGCAUUUUGUGUCUUUAAGUAUGUUCUGUCUCAAAAUUAUGUUAUGAUUGGGUAUUGUAAAAUUGUCUGGAUAUGGAAGAAAAAAAUCUCUAACCAAAUUAUUUGUUAUAUUUUAUGGUAGCAGUUUUACAAAACUUGUGUGAUUAUGGGAGACAGAUUUUUUUUUAGUUUCACAACCAGAAAACUAGUAAUUUCUCACCAAUGUCAACGUGUUACCACCAGCCAAAUGUUUUGUGCCUGAUAAGUCUUUCUUUGCCUAUGCUGACAACAGUUGUUCUCUACUCCCUCGUUAUCGUCUGAGGUUAUGUAGCUUCUCUGCCCUCUAGUGGACAAUUUAAAAUAUUGCACAAAUCUAUGCCAAAGAGCGAAUAUAUAUCUUCAGCUUGGCUUAGAGGGAAAUGUUAGUAUAUAUUGAUCUGUUACACUCCAAAUAGACUGAAAAUUGAGGAGACUUUAAAGAAAGUUAAGCAGGUAAGUUAGUUGGCAGUUUUUUUGACAGUGUGGGCACUUUCUACUUUUUUCAAAAGGGAAGGCUUCUUUUGGUUUUGCACUUUUUAUGCAAUUCAAUUGUUUUUUGCCUUUCUGCUAACAGUACUAGUGGGUUAAAAGGCAAGUGAAGUUUGUCCUUCACAGAAUCAAAUGUAUAAAUAAAAUAGCAGAGUAAAUUCUAAUGGAGCUGCUGAAGAAGUUAAUUAGGUCGAUUUUAUGAUGCUUCUUUCAAACAUCGAUACAUAGUUUUAUGUCGUUUAAAUGACAUCUUUUUUGUUUGCAAAAUUAAGGAUUGUAAUGCCAGAAGAAAACAGCAGUUUGUUUAAACUUUUUCAGUUAAUUUUUCUGAGAUGGCUGGUUAACUAAUGUAUUAAGAACCGGACAGAAUACUUGAACCACAAUGGUGUUAAACAACAGGGCAGACACAGAGAACCCUAACUGUUAACAUAACAUAAAUAACUUAGAUUCUCCGAAGAUAAAACUGACAUCCGCCUUAGAACAAUUUACCCCAAAAUCAUACAUUUUUGUAAUACAGAUGAAUAAAUGAUUUAGAAAUACUUUUGUAUAAUAUUUGGAUAUCUGCUUGGUAAAAUGAAAAGUUAUGCUAUAUGAUCCCGAUAAUAGGUCCCAUUUAAAUAUCUAAAAUAAGGAUUUGGAGAGAAGUCCUAUCAUUUGGUUUACCAUAGAGAGAUUGACUUAUUUGGGAAAUCUGAUAUUUCAGGCUGCAGAAACUGUUGAAAUAUUAUACAUUGGUGUGUUAUAUAAAAAUGGACUUUAGCCAGAGUUGUUUAUAGUAGAGUAUAACUGGAUGAAUGUGUGCAUGAAAGAUGAUUGACAGUAAUGGGCUUUCUCCCUAUAAUUUGAAAUGUCUAUGUAGAUAUUUAAAGAUUUGGUUGCAGGGAAAAGAUGAGAUUUAUGUGACAAAGAACGUGCAUUAACUUUUUCUAUAUGGCAUUGUUACCUUAAAAAAAAAUAUAUAUAUAUAUGGUAACGUGAAAAAUUGAACAUUUUAGAUUAAGUACCGUACAUAAAUAUUGGGGGGGGGGAGACAAAAGGGUAAAAUAUAUUUGUAAAUAUAAUUUAUUCCGUUUCAUGCAGGCCAAUGAGUAAAAUAAGAUUGGCAACUUCUUAUUUCUAUCUUGUGCAGUUUGAGUUGGAUUUGUGAUCAUAGUGGUGGAACUUAUUUUUAGGAAUAGCUUUUGUUCCUUACAUGACCACUUGGGUUCCCCAGGCUGAGGUGUUUUUUUUGUUUGUUUUUUUGUUUUGCGAUCCAUGAAUGGAAUAGGAUUACUGUGUCCUGUCUCCCUUCAUUCUUUCUCUCACAAUGUAGGUGAGUUCAUUAAAAAAAAAAAACCUGCAAAUCAGCUAUAGAUAUUUGUUAGAUAUCGUUUUGUUUCUUCAUUAUUGUUAUUGUUGCUCUUGAUGUUGUUCUUGUUGUUGAUGACAUUGCUGUGGUUGUGGUUGUUGUGGUUGUUAUUUUUUUGUUUAAAAGCAAUCACUUGACCUAAUAGUAAACCCGGACCAGUCAUAACCUCAUAGUUUGUGAGUUUGUAUAUAACAGCUUAGUGUUCUUACUCCCUCUGUACGUUUCACUUUUCCUUGUAAGCAAAUGCAAUAUGUGCCUGAUUGGUGCGACAAUGAUUCUUGAUCGUUUUUGGAGAACGUAUAUCCAUGAUUUAAAUGAAACUCAGUGGUCAGUGGAACUACAGUACUGUUACUCAUUAACCAAGUCAUUGAUGUUUAUUGUUUCAGUUAAAGUUGUUUUGAGCCACUGAUGGAUAGAGCACCAAAAUUCAGAGUGGUAUGAGAACAUAUGGAAACUGACUCCACAUUCAUCUUAGAGACAUUUUAAUCAUUGUUGGUCUCGAGCACCCAGAGGUGCAAGGAUUUUCUGGCAGAUUCCGGGGGGCCAGCACUUGACAGGAGCCCCUGAAUACUUAAAAUUAUACAUUAAAUUUGUUGGGGCCCAAGGUAACAUUUCAGGGACCCCGGAACUUCUAGGUAUGUCCCUGCCUGCACCUUCUAUAUAUUUUUGCAGUGUUUAGGUAAUGCCUUAAAGUACAUUAUUUCUGUAUAUUUAGUGGUACUUGCAACUUUAUUUUACCUCUGCUUUAGCCAAAUUAGACUACAGAAAUGUCGAACUAUGAUUGAGACACAUCACAGUUGUCUAUGUUUUUUAUAUUUAUUAUUUUUAUUCCAAAUUGUAGCCUAGCUUUGACUUCCAGCUGUGUGGACUGGUAAAUAUGGUAAAUUGGACUCAGUCAUUGUUUUAUAAAACUUAAUUGGUUUAAAAAAAAUUGUCGGAAAUUCAAAUGAGACAAGAUUGUCAGAUUUUGCUGUAAAAUUAUUAUUAAAUUGAAAAUGUAAAUACCCUUAUGAUUUUAGCUAUAUCUAGGGUUCUCGCAUUUCAUGCAUCAUCAUUCCAUGCAUUGAAUUUGUUGUGUAUCAGGAAAUCCACAUUUUGGUGUUUACAUUUUGUUUCCUUUACAGUCACAGUUCAUUCAGUACCUGUGCAAUUCCAGUAUUCUCACAGGUCUAAUCUGCCAAUAUUCAAAUUGAAAUUGAUGUACUAAAUAUUCUAUGGAUGACAUUCAACUUAAUUCUCAAUACUUUAGGAUGAGAAUUGCCAGAAUACAAACUCCAUUCAGCUUUGAAACAGUAUUAUAUUCUUGCUAAGUUUAUCAUUAUAUGUGGCACAAUUUUUCUUUCGUGAAUACAGAUUGUAUAGGAUAAUUUGUACACAUUGCGUAUUACUGUUAUAAUUAUUGUUAUUAUUAUUGUUAUUACUUUUAAUUAUUAGUGGCAGGCCACUGGGUACCAUUGUAAUGUUGAUAUCCCAAUGAAAUAUGUGCUAAAUAAUGAAAAUGUUUAUGAAUAAAAAAUUGAAUAGGAGAACUA